AUGUUCAGCUAUCUGAGACCGGGCCACGCAAAACGCAAUGCCUCGUCGAGUCUGGCCUCGCCAGCAGAGCCAAUUCCUAGCCCCAACCCCGCCGCCUAUCCGCUGCCUUCGCCGUCGCACAACACCGACUACUUGGCUUCGCCGCGCUUCUCGGACAAUGCGAGUUAUGCCUCUGCUUCGCCCAUAUCGCCUUUUCCCCCGCAGCUGCCUCCCAUUACGCGUGUCGCCUCCAAGUUGGACAAACAAUCGGCGGGACACGACACCUACAGUACCCCUUGCCACGACGCUAUGAGCGCUGGAGGUAGUGGCAAAGGCAAUGUCAGUGGAAGUGGUGGUGGUAGGGGGAGUGGUAGCCACAGUCAUGGUCAGGCACCGCAGGAUCGUGGGCUGCUGCUCUCCUCCCCACAGCAGCGAACACAACACCAGCUGCCCCCCAGUUACGAGGACAUGGCGCCCUCUGCGUCCUCCGUGUCUGGUAACACACCAGCCGGCUCUCGUCCACCAGUAUCCGUACAGGUGCAGCGAAUGGACCAGGCGCAGUCCUGGGAGACGCCUCCCCAGCCAUCAACACACUUGGCUCCUGCGACAAUCUCGCCCAGCUACUCUGGUUUCUCCAAAUCUCAGACUUCGCUGCUGAGCGGAAUCAGUGAAAAGCUGUCCAGCAGUUCCAAGGCCACCUCCACCCCAACCCCGGCUCCUACCAAAACCAAGUCGAGACUGAGCCUGCGCAACCCCAUGUCUCUCCUGAUGCGCCGGCGAUCUGGUCAGCCAUUGGAUCCUCUCGCAGACGAAUCGCUUGUCACCAUACGCUCGCCGCCAGCUGCAUCUUCGAUGCCUGACGACUACGACCCAAGGAUACGCGGUAACAUCGUUCACGACUUCAAUGCACCUAGACUCAAUCGGAAUUUUUCGUAUACUAACGUCAAUGGCGCCCGUGACACGAAACAAGACCUGGGUCGCGUGAGUCCUCCAAAGGUUGACAAGGAGCAUACACCCGUCUUUCGUGAGCACUUUGACGACGACACGAGCUACGAGCAGUCUCAAGCAGCCAUCAGGGCAGAGAUGUUGGUCAACAAGGACUUUUUGGCGAGGAACUCGGUGCAAUUUGCACCUCCAACAAGAUCGCCUCCCCCUCCCCCUUCCGCUCCCAAGGACCCACCUUCCCCUCCGACAUCUUCACCACCGCCUCCACCACCAUGCCAAGAAUUCGAUACCUCAGCCUCCGUUCUGUCUCCGGUACAGGAAUCGCCUGAUCUGAUGAAUGAGGCUGUGGAAGCGACUAACAGAAAGAGGCAAUCGACCAAGUCACCUCCAUCCGCGCGUUCUAGAGCUACUUCUGUAACCGACGCACCCUUUCAACCAGCUGGUCUACCAGCACAUUUUAGCAGCAGAGCAUCGAGAUUUAGCUUCCAAAUACCGGGCGGUAGUGACUCUGCGCAAGAAAAGUUGCUGGAAGAAAGACACAAGGCAAAAGAAGCAGCGAAGGCUUCCAAGCAGGCCCGAUAUUCCAUCAAUUCGCUUGUUGAUGAAUAUGAUGAGUACGAUAUGGAAGACUAUGACAUGGAUGGCGGACUUGACGAGGAGAUUCCCAUGAUUGGCGAGGAAGACGAGUUUGAAGGCUUAGGAAACCAGACUCUGGAUUCAGGACUCGGCGGUUUCGACUUUUCAUCGACACAGGCUGGCGCGCAGAAUUUCAAUACCCAGAUGAAUGGUUUUUCGCACCUGCAGCAAUCCAUCGACAUGUACGGCAACCCCAUGGGAUUUGCCAUGUCUGAACAGGAUCUUCAGCAAUUCAAAGCCUUGGCGAUCGAAUCACAGCCUCACCAUUCUCAUGGACCGACUACCGAGAGAUAUGGUUUGGGUGUCAGCGAUCAGCAAGAGAUACCAAAUGGCCCGUCUUCAGCAGCCCCGCCAGAUGCAUCGAUUGACACCACUGCUGGUGCGAGACAGUCGCGUAGCACCAAUCAGCUGGACUUGGGCGAUGACAUGUACUUUGACGAUGGCCUUAUUGGCGACCAGGAAGAUGCAGAGCCCGCAGAGUUCGAUGAGAAUGUAUUCGAUGACCCAGAAGGGCCGUUGUACGAUAGAAAAGUGAAGUUCUCAGACAUUGAUGAAGCCUCUCAAGCACUUCCUUCUCACCCGAACCCUGUGAUGAAUUCUGAGACGGGUUACGAAGCAGAUGACGACACGUUGUCUAAGCACCUGGGGAAGUGUGAAUCUUCGCUCGCUCAUACAAACUCUGUCGCACAACAGCACACCCUUCCCAUGUUCAACGACAUGAACGCAUAUCACAGCGCUCUAGCAGAUGCCGCCAACCGUGCCGAAGCUUCCGGCCGGUUCACGCGAAAGGCCAGUGUCGAUGCUGGCCAAGCCAAUCAUGAGGUUGAUGAGUCUUCUACCAAAAGUGAUUCACGACCUAGCUUGAUGCCAGAUGACGGCCGCCAGAGCCUGGAAGCUGAUGUGUUUCCCCCGGAGGAUGAUGUUUUCGGGAUGAGCUCUGGAUAUGUGGACGACUACGACUACAGUGAUUUUGACUCGGCCAUGGAAGACGAUCCUAUUAUUGCUGCGGCUAACGCGGAAGCACUCGCAUACGACGAUGAGGGUUUCUACGGCCAGGAGUUUGGUUUCUAUGCUUCAGCGUCUGGCGAAGCUUCGAGCGCUUGGGGAGGAUUCUUCGGGCCAUCUGGCUUGGGUCGCGCUCCAAGUGGUCGUAAUGCGGUGCGAGAGCCCAAUCUUACGCCCAUCACGGAGCGCAGCGAAUACAGUACACGCAACUCAUUCAUCAGCCUCAAUCACUUCCGGGACAGCACUCAGCCAUUGAGCAGCCCAGGCUUAGCACAGCUUGCACGCAUAAGCCCGUAUGGGUGGCCCGACUCGUCCGAAGAUAUGAGCAUGGAUGCACUGAUGAAAUUGCGAAAGGGCGCAUUUGGUGGGAGUGGCGCCAGCCUGCCCGCGAGCGCUUCAGGCAGUCCACGCAACUCGUCGCCCAUGGGCAUGCAGUUUGUCCCAAGAUCAUCAAGUCCUGCGGGCAACCGGAUGAAGGAGCAGGACGGUGACUACCGGGAAGAGGACGGGUCCGCAAAUUACCUGGAAAAUCUAGAGGAUAGUCAAGAAGAUGAUGAAGGUCUCAUGGAGGCCGUCAAUGCGACAUACGACGAGGAUGACAAUGCAGCGAAUGAUGAUCAGGAGCAGACGGAGAGUCCAACCCUGACCACAAACGAUUACAACUCCUUCCCAAGCCCAAUGGCCCACUCCCACGGGAACGAAGCCCCCCUCCUUCCACCCAUCUCAGAGCUGUACGCCCAACACAACAUGGCCUUUGGCACAAACACAUCGCUCUCCAUGUCACCAGGCGGCCUCGAUCUCACGACCGCGGCCAACGUCAGCCUCCCCCUCUCUCCCUACCCCGCCCCCUUGCCCUCACCCUACCUCGCGCAGAACCGGCCGCCACCGCCCCCUUUGAUUGAUACCUCGCUCUCCUCUCCCACCACGGCCACGACGUCAAAUUGCACAGGGCCCCGCCGCCACUCUGUCGGUUUCAUCUCGCCCGUUUCGAACGCGUCGCCGCUCACACCGGGUGGCGGUGCGGCCUGGAGAUUGGGUGCGGGUGCGGGCGCCGGUAGCAGUGGCGGUGGCCAUUCUCGCAAGGCUAGCGCGGCUGAUAGCGUUGCAUACGUUCGUGAGCAUGACGAGUCUUCGGGUGAAGGGAGGUGGGUGUUGGAGCGCAGGCGGACGGCCGAGAGUGGCGAGUUGGAGUUGAUUGGGCGGGAGAUUGUCGAGGGCGGACGGAUUUGA